AUGGCCUCAAAGCGCCCUCGCGCAGCCUUCGAGGCCGAUCAAUCUCACUCACCCUAUGCCGUAUAUGGAACUCCGCUACCGCCGCUGGAAGAGGGGGCGCGCGACGAUGGCUCCUACUUACCCAUUUGGAAACAAGACGUGACCGACGAGAGAGGCAGGAAGCGACUGCACGGUGCUUUUACCGGCGGGUUCAGUGCUGGAUACUUCAAUACCGUCGGCUCGAAGGAAGGAUGGGCGCCCGCGACCUUUGUCUCGUCCCGCCAGAAUCGCGCCCGGGAUGCGAAACGGCCGGAACAACGGCCGGAAGACUUUAUGGAUGAGGAGGAUCUACGAGAGCAGGAGGAAUCACGACAUCUCAAUACUACAGAAGGGUUUUCUGGGUUUGGGUCCACAGAUACGGAUGCCACUCGCAGAGCGGGUCUGAUGGAUCUGCUGAAAAUUGGUGGGGAAACAAUGGGAGUGAAGCUACUCAAAAAGAUGGGCUGGAGAGAAGGUCAGGGUAUCGGUCCAAAGGUCCGCCGCAGAGCCGAUCUGGAUGAGAAUGCAGCACCGGGUGCAUCGGAGGAAACAUAUCUCUUUGCGCCAGAGAACCCGCCCAUGGUCGCUUUCAUUCGCAAGACAGAUCACAAGGGUCUCGGAUUCUCGGGGGAAACACACCUGGAGAAGCCCGGUCAACCUACUGGCGAUGAGGACGAAGACUUCGACUCCUUCUUUGGGGAUCGCUUGGCUACCAAGAAAAAGGCGGCAAAAAAGUCACAACGGGGAGGCUUCGGCGUCGGUAUCCUCAAUGAUACCGGGUCUGAUGAUGAAGACCCGUACUCCCUGGGCCCUCAGAUAUCCUACAACAAGACCAUUGGUGGCAAGAAGAAGAAAGCGAAAGAAUCAAAACCAGCCAUUGCUUCUUCGAAUCCCUUGCUCAGCGCCAAGCCUGUUUUCAUAUCUAAAAAGAUCGCUGCUUCUCGAGGUGCGGGCGGAUUCAGAAAAUGCCGCGACGGACGAUUACCGCUGGACGGAUUCGUUCUCGCCGACAAUCUCAUGGGGCUGACUUUAUCCGAGAAGAAAUACGAACCGCCACAGGUUCCAGAGGGCUGGAAAUCUGCCAGGCAAUCUGCAACAGAGCGCAAAGGAGACUACAUCUCUACAGCAGAUGCGGCCAAGGCAUCUGCUCUCGACCCGACCUCCAGAGCUGCGGCCCUGGGUGAGGCUCAACUACCGGGUAAAUCUAUCUUCGAUUGGAUGACACCAGAGGCCCGCGAACGGAUUGCGAAACUCACUGGGAAUUCCAACCUCCCACCGGCCAUGAGUGAGAAGGCGCCCAAAGGGUACGAACUAUCCGAAACCGAUCGACGCAGGAAUCUUUGGGAUCUUGUCCCGAAUUUGGACAAACAAACCGCAGUCCAAGCUUUAACGCGAGGUGUCAGCGGGUGGAUGCCCUACGCAGAAGAUGAGGCAAAGCGCGCCCGCUACCGCACUUUCAUCGAGGUCCGAGCCGGACUCCGCGACACUUUACCCGACCGAGUCCCCGGGUCAAGCACCAAUGAAUGGGUGACUGAGAUGCAGGAGUUUGCUCGGGCUGCCGAGGUUUUCAAGCCCAUAUCUGGGGCGAUGGCAUCCCGAUUCACAUCGGCCUCUUCGGGACCCAAAGUCGCCUCCGAUGCGCCAGACUCUGAUACCCCGCUCAGUCGGCCUGCUGAGAAGCCCGAUGACCCAGCUGUGGCUGCUGCCAAGAUCGGAAUGUUUGGACAAAUGACCCGCAGUACACAUAGUUUCUUUCCGACUCGUCUUCUCUGUAAGCGAUUCAAUAUCAGGCCCCCUGAACAUGUACAGCUUGAUCCUGGGAGCGGCUCGGGCGACUCGAAAGGUCCUGGCACUCGUUUCCAGUCAGGCGGUUACCAAACCGACUCGAAACCUAAGGAUUUGAUUUCGCAGGAGGUGAUGGACAUGAUUAUGAUCGAGUCGGGUCGCCAGCCGGUUGUUCCUAGUGAACCAAAACCCGUCGUGGAACCUGAACACAAUGAAGCCCUCGAGGCUGAGCGGCCGGGCGAUGCGAUCUUUAAGGCAAUUUUCGGCAGCGACGACGAAGAAGAAGAUGAAGAAUGA